GAUACGCCCGAGGACGGCCCUCAGAGGGACAGCCGUAGAAUGGGAUUACGACAUCGUGAGGAUGCAGAGAUAGCUGAUCUCGAAAACCGUCUGAUCAUCGAGUGUCCUCGAAAAGGAGAAAGCGUGGACCAGUUCGAGCGCAGGAGGGGCCUUGGAGAUGCAGGAGACGAGCACCACGAGCGUUCGACGACGGGCCCCGUCCUCACCGGUCAUUCAUUUGGCGAGCUGCCGCUCUCGCGCAAGACGCAGCUUGGUCUCAAGGACCAUGGUUUCAGUAAACUCACCCCUAUUCAGAGAAGUGCCAUACCCUAUGCUCUAGCAGGACGAGAUGUCCUUGGCGAGGCUAGGACGGGUAGCGGCAAAUCACUUGCGUUCAUCAUACCGGUGAUUGAGAAGCUGUAUCGCAUGAAGUGGAGCGCUGACGAUGGUGUUGGUGCGGUACUGAUAUCUCCCACGAGAGAGCUUUCGGCGCAGAUAUUCACAGUCCUGCAGCAAGUAGGCAGCCAUCACGACUUCUCCGCGGGCUGUGUGGUUGGUGGGCGGAAGUUCCAAGAGGAGCAGAAGGUCUUCCCAUCCCUAUCCAUUGUGGUCUGUACCCCUGGCCGGCUACUACAGCACAUUGAGGAAACUGCUGGCAGUGACCUCUCUAAUGUACAAGUAUUGGUAUUGGACGAAGCAGAUAGGAUACUGGAUUUGGGUUUCAAGAAGACGAUAGAGCUCAUCUUGGAUGCAUUGCCUCCCAGUCGGCAGACACUCCUCUUCUCGGCGACUAUGCGCACAAGUGUGCAACAGCUCGCUACCUUAGCAUUGGAUAAUCCUGAGCUUCUAUCCGUAUCGCAAAAUUUGAGCUCGGCUACCCCGACUGGGCUGCGACAGCUGUGCAUGACAGUGAGGCUGGAAGAGAAGGUCAACUCCCUCUUCAGCUUCCUCAAGACCCAUGCUCAGACCAAGAUCAUAGUCUUUGUCAGUGCCACCAAACAGGUCCGCUUCCUCUAUGAGACCUUCCGGCGCCUCAGACCGGGCUUGGCUGUGCUAGAGCUCCACGGUGGUAUGUCUCUUGAUAAGAGAAUGAAGGUUUUCGACCAAUUCGCCUCGAAGGACAAAGGAUUGUGCCUCAUUUGCACUGACGUGGCCGCGAGGGGUGUAGACUUCCCCCAGGUCGAUUGGGUCAUACAGAUGGACGCUCCUGAUACCGCAGACACCUACAUUCACCGGGUUGGGAGGACAGCACGCUUCGACAGGAACGGCAAUGCUCUAAUGUUCGCAACUGAGGUCGAAGAAGCAUCCCUUCUACCCGAGCUCGCCCAGAAGAAGGUGGAUGUGCGUGUGACCUCCAUCAACAGGAGAAGGAUGUUCAAUAUCACUGGUAAAUUACAGAGUCUCCUGGCGUCAGAGCCUGACGUGAAGCACCUUGCUGUUAAAGCCACUCAAGUGUAUGCGAGGGCGGUAGCUCUGACUGGGAGGACUAGGCUUACAGAAGAUGAGGUGGCAGCCUAUGCUCACAGCCUGGGUGGGUAUAGUGAUGAUAGUCGGUGUGUGAGGGGACUUUGCUAG